AUGCCUAGAACACCCGACUCAGAAGACACGCCCAUGCUACCUCUCCCUGGAUCCCCAUCAUCCUCAUGGGCCCGAUUUCGAGAGCGACUCGGAGCCUUAUUCAGCGGUGCCGACCCCAGAGUUUGCGUCGCGUUCUGGCUCUUCGGUUUAAUCAACAAUGUCCUCUACGUCAUCAUCCUAUCCGCUGCCCUUGAUCUGGUCGGUCCCAAUGUGCCCAAAGGCGUCGUCCUCCUCGCAGACGUGAUCCCCUCGUUCGGAACCAAGCUCAUCGCCCCGUACUUCAUCCAUGUCGUACCAUACUCCGUACGAGUCGUAAUCUUCGUGGCCAUCUCCGCGAUUGGCAUGCUUCUGGUGGCGCUGAGCCCGGAAUAUACAGAUGGCGGCUCGCUUUCCACCAAAUUGGCGGGAAUUGUGCUGGCUAGCUUGUCUAGUGGAGCCGGGGAGCUGAGCUUCCUGGGUCUGACACAUUUCUACGGUCCUUUUAGUCUGGCCGCCUGGGGAAGUGGGACCGGGGCUGCUGGACUGGUAGGAGCUGGUGCGUAUGCACUGGCGACUACUUCGCUCGGACUCGGCGUCAAGGCGACCCUUUUGGCGUCGGCUUGUCUGCCGGCGGUGAUGCUGGUGAGCUUCUUCACUAUCCUUCCCCGGUCUUCUAUUUACCUGUCGUCGCGAACCUCUGCUGGAUAUCGUGCUGUGGAGGACCGGGAUGUGGUGGACGACGAACGUGGACUGGGCGACGAUCAUGAGGUUGCUGCCGACGAAAGGGAAACUCUUCUAGGCUCAUCUUUAGACUCGGGCGACAGUCAAAAAGCGAAAUCAUCGGGCAGUAGUGGCAUUGGGUGGCACAGUGUCAAGGCAAACUUACAGCGAGCCAAGGGGCUCUUCUUUCCGUUCAUGCUCCCCCUCCUGCUGGUUUACGUCGCAGAAUACACGAUCAACCAAGGCGUUUCUCCGACUCUGCUGUUCCCUCUGAAGGAAACCCCGUUCGCCCAUUUCCGUGCUUUCUACCCGGCAUAUAACGCGAUCUAUCAAGUUGGAGUGUUCAUCUCCCGGUCAUCUACCCCAUUCUUCCGCAUCCACAACCUAUACCUCCCUUCGUUCCUGCAGGUUAUCAACCUGGCCAUCCUGUCGCUCCACGCCUUAUUCAACAUCAUUCCCAGCGUGUACCUUGUCUUCGCCAUCAUCUUUUGGGAGGGGCUCUUGGGCGGGCUAGUUUAUGUCAACACAUUUGCCGAGAUCGGCGACCGCGUACCCAAGGAGGAUCGAGAAUUCUCGCUGGGCGCGACGACAGUCAGUGACUCUGGCGGUAUAUGUAUUGCUGGAUUUGUGAGCAUGGUGUUCGAGGUUUGGCUGUGCGACUGGCAGGUUGCACGUGGGCGGGAUUAUUGUCGGCGGUUAUGA